CCCCGGGCUCGUUGUUGCUAGUUAUUGCUAUUGAUUACUGCUGGUCUGUGCCGUUCACAGGCAGGCCAUGUCGUCCGUCCGGAUCGAGUGCGUGGCCAAGGAGGGCUGCAGGAUCGGCGAGUCGCCCGUGUGGGACGAGAAGGAGGGCGCGCUGCUGUACGUGGACAUCACGGGCAGGAAGGUGUGCCGCUGGAGCCCGGUCACCGGGCAGACGCAGGCCAUUCCCGUGGAUGCUCCUGUGAGCUCUGUGGCUCUCCGGCAGUCUGGGGAUUAUGUCAUCACCCUAGGAACCAGAUUUGCAGCUUUGAAAUGGAAAGAGCAGCUGGUAACCAGCAUUACUCAAGUGGACAAGGAUAAAGUAAAUACCCGAUUCAAUGAUGGGAAGGUGGAUCCUGCAGGGAGGUAUUUCGCAGGUACAAUGGCAGAGGAGAUCCGUCCUGCAGUGCUGGAGAGACACCAGGGCUCUCUGUACACGCUCUUCCCCGACCUCUCAGUGGUGAAGCACUUUGACCAGGUGGACAUUUCUAAUGGGCUGGACUGGUCACUGGAUCACAGAACCUUCUUUUACAUUGACAGCUUGUCCUACUCGGUGGAUGCCUUUGAUUAUGACCUCCAAACUGGAAAAAUUGGCAACCGUAGGAGUAUAUACAAACUGGAAAAAGAGGAGAGCAUUCCAGAUGGGAUGUGCAUUGACACAGAAGGCAAACUCUGGGUGGCUUGUUAUGAUGGUGGGAGAGUGAUUCGCCUUGAUCCUGAGACAGGAAAAAGACUCCAGACUGUGAAACUUCCCGUAGACAAAACAACUUCCUGCUGUUUUGGUGGAAAGGAUUAUUCAGAAAUGUAUGUGACUUCUGCCAGUGAUGGGAUGGAUAAAGAGUGGCUUUCACGGCAACCGCAGGCUGGUGGGGUUUUCAAGAUAACAGGACUGGGGGUAAAAGGAGUUCCACCAUAUCCAUUUGCAGGUUAAAUACACUCUUCAGAAUGGAUUAGAGAGGGCUGAUGUAAGCAAGACAAGUCUGAAGGUCUUAUUCCGGUGUUCAGCGUCUUUUGCUUUGAAACCAUAAGACCAUUAUAAUAUUUCAUCAGGAAAGGAUGAAAAAACUACUGAAAUACAUGGAAUAUUUUAAAACUGGUCUUUUCUCUCCCUUUAAACUUACUUUGAAUAUAUGAUGGUAUUUUUUGUGUUGUGCUAAAAAGUUUCUCAUCCUA